AUGUGGGAACAGUGCCCUUUGACUUGUUAUAGACUCGCCACACAAAAUCCUAAUGGAGUUGUGAAUCCGACUGUCCCAGUGCAUGGUAAUGCUGUCUCAUUUGAUCCCAUCAUCUCAUUCAAUUCCCUAGCGGUCAAACCUGUGCCUGUGCAACCCCUCGUGCCAGUUCGUAACGUUAAUCCAGCUCAUCCCAUGCCUAUGAAUCCUCAAACUGCCAGUUCAGAUUGUUCUGAUUAUGUGAAUCCAAAAACUGGAGUGUCGGACUGCAUCGGUAGAAAAGCACUAUGCAACGAUAAGACCUAUCGACAACUGAUGUGGGAACAAUGCCCUCGAACGUGUGGAAAGUGUCCCGACAAUUCACCAUCUGAUGUCAGACCAGGAAAUCCAAACCCUGUCAAUCCAACUCCAACCCUCAAGCGUACCCGUCAGCGUCCACCCGUCAGCGUAGUCAAUCCAACUCCAACCCUCAAGCGUACCCGUCAGCGUCCACCCGUCAGCGUACCAGUUCCAAUCGUUCAACAGCCAGAAGUCAACCCAGAUCCGAUGCCAGUCGUCGGUUCAGUCCCGGCCACAUUUAUACCACCUGCUCGUCCUGCACCUGCUAAUCUAUUACCUGCCAUACCUGUACCUCUCAGUAAUAAACCUACUAUCCCCGCACCACAGGCCUUGGUAGCAGUAAGACCUCCACUACCCGUUAAAUCUAACUGCUGUGACUACGUCAAUCCUAAAACCGGAGGGAGCGAUUGUGCUCGAACGGUUCACUUGUGCCGGCAUCCGAAUUACAUACAAGUUAUGAGGGUUCAAUGUCAGAAAACUUGCGGAUUCUGCGUUUAA